AUGUUCUCUAGUUGCUGGAUUAAAACUAUCCGCCACAUCAGUGUGUCUCCACGAAUCCUUAGAUUCUACUCAUCAGAUUCGCCGUUUUUCAAGGUCGAAGUAGUUUCGAGUGAACGGAAAGUUCAAGCGAAAAAGAGCGUCGCACCGCGUUUCGAGAAGAAACACCGACAGAAAAUCUCGGAUUAUCUCAAACAAAUGGCCACUCCCGAAAUUGAAGCGCAACUCGCGCCACUCCGUGUUGCCGUCAAAGAGUAUGGAGACUUGAUUCGUGAUCUCAAGGCGAAAGGAGCCCCAAAAAUCGAUAUUGACAAAGCGGUCGUUGAGCUGAAAGCCCGGAAACGUCGUCUCGAGGAGACUGAAAUCGCAUUGGCACCGAAGGAGGCGUCAUUCGACAGGCUGAAAUUGGAGGAUCUCCUCAAAAGGCGCUUUUUCUAUGACCAAUCGUUCGCUAUCUAUGGUGGUGUGACUGGUCUGUACGAUUUUGGACCGAUGGGAUGCUCGUUGAAAGCGAAUAUGCUCCAGGAGUGGAGAAAACAUUUCAUUCUGGAAGAGGGUAUGCUUGAAGUGGAUUGUACCUCGUUGACUCCUGAGCCAGUGCUGAAAGCAUCCGGACACGUGGAUCGAUUCGCUGAUUGGAUGGUGAAGGACGUGAAGAAUGGAGAGUGCUUCCGUGCGGAUCAUUUGAUCAAGAAUAGCAUUGAGAAGAUGAUGAAUGACAAGAAGGUCACCGCCGAAGUGAAGAAAGACGGAGAAGACGUGUUGGCUCGUCUCGAAGGAUUCGACGACAAGGAUAUGCAUGAAGUCAUCACAAGAUUCAAGUUCAAGUCCCCCAUCACUGGAAACGACCUCACCGAACCGAUCGCUUUCAAUCUGAUGUUCCCCACUCAAAUCGGACCAACCGGCGACUUCAAAGCAUUCCUCCGCCCAGAAACCGCUCAAGGAAUCUUUGUGAAUUUCAAGAGACUUCUCGAGUUCAAUCAAGGAAAACUUCCAUUCGCCGCCGCUCAAAUCGGUCUUGGCUUCAGAAAUGAGAUCUCUCCACGUCAGGGACUCAUUCGUGUUCGAGAAUUCACCAUGUGUGAAAUCGAGCAUUUCGUUGAUCCAGAGGACAAGAGCUUCCCGAAAUUCGCAAAGAUUGCCGAUCAAAAGCUCGUUUUGUUCUCCGCUUGCAAUCAAUUGGAUGGCGCACCGGCUAGAGAAGUCGCUAUUGGAGAGGCUGUUGCUAAUAAAACCGUUGCCAACGAGACACUCGGUUACUACAUGGCCCGCUGCCAUCAAUUCCUCAUGAAAGUCGGUAUCGACGGCCGUCGUCUCCGGUUCCGUCAGCAUCUCUCGAACGAGAUGGCUCACUAUGCUCAAGACUGCUGGGAUGCUGAAAUUCUCACAUCAUACGGAUGGAUCGAAUGCGUCGGAAACGCAGACAGAGCGUGUUACGAUCUUCAGCAACACUUCAAGGCGACGAACGUGAAGUUGGUGGCGGAGAAGAAGUUGCCACAGCCGAUCGACGUGGAUGUGGUGGAGGCUCAGGCGAAUAUGGCACUUCUUGGAAAGAGUUUCAAGAAGGAUUCGAAGAAGAUUCAGACGGCUCUUCAACAGUUGACAAGUGAGCAGGUGACUACUCUGGAGGAGGAACUUCUGUCGAAGCAGAUCUACAAUUUGGAUAUAAAUGGAGAGAACUAUCCGUUGACUCCAGACCUUUUGAAUAUUAAAAAGUACUCGAAGAAGCUUCAUGUUCAAGAGAUCACUCCAUCUGUCAUCGAGCCAUCUUACGGUAUUGGAAGAAUUAUGUACGCGUUGUUAGAGCACUCGUUCCGCCAGAGAGAGGGAGACGAGCAGAGGACUUUCCUGGCUUUCAAGCCAUUGGUUGCUCCUAUCAAGUGCUCAAUUCUUCCGAUUUCAGCCAAUGAGACGUUGGUGCCGGUGAUGGAGGCCGUCAAGGAGGAGCUCGCUCGUUAUGAGCUUAGCUACAAAGUGGACGACAGCUCCGGCACAAUCGGUCGCCGCUACGCCCGUACCGACGAGAUCGGUAUUCCAUUCGGUAUCACCGUCGAUUUCGAUUCGGAGAAGACGACUCCAUACACCGUAACCAUUCGCCACGCGGAGACAAUGUCUCAGAUUCGUCUGCCAAUCAACGAACUCGGACGACUCAUCUCGGAUCUUGUGGCCGGCAGACAACAAUGGAGUGACGCUCAAGCGAAAUACCCGAAAUUCGAAGCGAAUGCUGAAUAA